AUGAUGUCAGAGCUGAGUGAUGAAGCCAGCGAAUCGGAGCUCCUGAACCGCAGCCUGUCCAUGUGGCAUGGGGUAGGCCAGAUGAUCUGUCGAGAAGAGCUGGAUGUUCCACUGGACCUACACACAGCGUCCUCCAUUGGCCAGUAUGAGGUGGUGCAGGAGUGUAUUCAGCGUGGGGAACUGGAUUUAAAUAAGAGAAACUGUGGUGGCUGGACCCCGCUGAUGUACGCCUCCUACAUCGGGCAUGAUACCAUCGUGCAUCUGCUGCUGGAGGCGGGAGUGAAUGUGAACGUCCCGACGCCGGAAGGGCAGACCCCACUUAUGCUGGCCUCCAGUUGUGGCAAUGAGAGCGUUGCCUACUUCCUCCUCCAGCAAGGCGCAGAACUGGAGAUGAAGGACAUUCAUGGCUGGACUGCCCUCUUCCACUGCACCAGUGCUGGACACCAGCAGAUGGUCAAAUUCUUACUGGACAAUGGGGCGAACGCCAACUGCAAGGAGCCUGUGUAUGGAUAUACACCUCUGAUGGAAGCAGCUGCCUCUGGCCAUGAGAUAAUUGUCCAGUAUCUUCUCAAUCAUGGCGUGAAGGUGGAUGUGAGAGAGAACACGGGAGCCACGGCACGGACUCUGGCCAUGAAGUAUGGACACAUGAAGAUCGUGGGGCUGAUGGAUCUACAUGCAGCCCCCAUGCCCAAAGUCUUCUGCAGGGGCCCAGGAAAAUACUGUGAAGAUCUGAGCUCCUCGGAUGAAUCGUGCUCCACUCCCCAAAGACAGAGACCAGUCCGUAAGACCAAGGGCCCCAGUAUCCAUGAGGGGCCCCAGGCUUUGGCUAAGAUAACAGCUGUCGGAAUUGCAGGGAAGAAGCAGUCUCGCUGUGAGCAGGUCCCUCUGCAGGGCUACGUUACGUUCAGUGACAAUGGCAGCUUUGAAGGGGAGGAUCUCCGGUUCCGGGAUGUCACCUCUCCAAUCAACGAGCAAGACGUGGAAAGUAGCAGCAGCAGGGAAGAGAAUGCUUUCUUCACCAACAACUUGGACACCAUCAGGAGCAGCAGCAGCAGCAGCAGCAGCGAGUGUCUGCCCAAAGCCCUGGGGGUCAGCAGUGAGGGCUCCCUGGAGAGCAAUGAGGACUCUGACCAUGCGGAAAAGCUCUCUAGUCGGAAACAGGCUAAAAGCUACGUGAAGAUCAAGACCCGGUACAGCAACAGUGACAGCCAGUGGUCUCAGAGCCCAGGCAAAGCUGGGGUGUCUAGUCAGCACUGUACGCUCCCUAACCCAGAGGCCACCACCUACACAGGACCCCAGGACCUGGCAACAUUCCUGGAGCAGAUCGGGUGUCUGAAGUACCUCCAGGUAUUUGAGGAGCAGGACAUCGACCUCCGGAUCUUCCUGACCCUCACAGAGAGUGAUCUCAAGGAAAUAGGCAUCACCCUGUUCGGGCCUAAGCGAAAGAUGACCUCUGCCAUUGCUCGAUGGCACAGCAAUGCCAGGCCUCCCAGCGAUGCCCUAGAGCUGGCCUAUGCAGAUCGGCUGGAGGCGGAAAUGCAGGAGAUGGCCAUUCAGCUGCACAAGAGGUGCGAGGAAGUGGAAGUGAUGAAGGGCCAGGUGUCCCAGGAGCAGGAGCUGCGGGCGGUGGUCGAAAGCUGCUUGAUGGAGCGGGACGUGGCUUGGAAUGAUGUCCAGAUCCAGCUGCGGGAGGCCCAGGCUAUCACCAGGGACGCUGGGGUCCUGCUAGAGCAAAUGAAAGCCUGUCAGGCGGAGCUAUGUUCCCGGCUGAAGCAAGGGCACCUGACUGGCAGGAUGCUGGAGACCAAGGCACGGCUGGGAGCUGGUGAGGACAGAUGGCCCGAGGGAGAAGGUCUAGAAGGAGGGUCAGUUUCCUUGAAGUCCCUGAGCCUGCCUGAGCUGUCAGCUUUCCUGGAAGAGCGUGUGGGAGAUAUGGGGAAUGCCCUGCAUUCUGUGACUCAGAACCUCGCGCGGCUACAGGCCUCGGAGCAAGGCAAGCAGAGCUGGCCAGAGCCCUAA